AUGGCCGCUCCUGCGCGGGGCCGGGCUGCGGGCGCGGGGAGCGGACCAGAGCCGGGGCAGAGCGAUCCGGAGCCCGGGCCGAGCACGAGCAGCCGCCGCCGCCGCCGCCCUUCGCUCCGCGCGCCCUCCGGCCCGGCCCACUCCGCCGCCCGCCCCGGCCCGCCCCCGGCCCGCCCCCCGCGCUGCCAGCCCGCCCCCCUUAAAGGGCCCGGCGCGCGGCCCCCGCCGGCCACGUCCCGCCCCCGCCGCGCCUUUGUCCGGGCGCUGAGCGCCGCCGGGGAGGCAACCGGCGGGGGCAGUCGCUACUUGCUUAUUCCUCGCGCGCUCAGAGGGGGGCGUCCCUCAGAAGUGGCCGACUCGCCACCAGGGGGCUUUGUCACCUCCCUCGAAAAUGUCCCCGGGCGCGGAUGCAAGGCAGAUCAGCUCAAGGCCCGAGGCCCCGGCGAGCCGCCUCGCGUCCUGCCCCCCGCGCCGCCCGCCCUGCCCAUUCAUCCGCCUUCUGCUCUGGGAGCCCCCGCGGACGCCGCAGAUGAUGGGCCCUUCAAGCUGCCCAGCGCGCCUUCCCGGCCCGGGCGCGGGAGCGACGAGGGCGGGAGGUUCGGCCGAGCCUCUCCCGCCGCCCGGUGCAAACUUUCAAAAGAUGCGGCGGCCGCGGCCCCGCCCCUGCACGGUUGGAGGCGGCUGGAGGCGGGGGCGGAGCCGGCGAGCCCGGGCCGAUGGCUCCGCCUCCUCCUGCCGCCGCCGCCGCAGCCGCCGCCGCCGCCUCAUUGCCGGCGCCCACCCCAGCUGCCGCCCGCCGGCUCGCCGGAGCAGCAGAGAUGCCCGGGAGCCCGAGCCCAGCCCCGGCCCCGGCCCAGGCUCCGGCCCCCGGCCAGCCCCGGCGUUAACCUCCGCGCGCCCCGGAGCGCGCCGCCGCCGCGGACAUUCGCGCCCGAAGCCGCGAUGGGCAACACGGUGCACCGGACCCUGCCAGACGCAAGCCCACCGGCGCGCCUCCUCGCCACCCGGCCGUGCUGCGGCCCCGGCCCCGAGCGGCGCGCGGUCCUGGGUGAGGCGCCGCGCUUCCACGCGCAGGCCAAGGGCAAGAACGUGCGGCUAGACGGCCACUCGCGCCGCGCCACGCGGCGUAACAGCUUCUGCAACGGCGUCACCUUCACGCAGCGGCCCAUCCGCCUGUACGAGCAGGUGCGCCUGCGCCUGGUGGCUGUGCGCCCUGGCUGGAGCGGUGCGCUGCGCUUCGGCUUCACGGCGCACGAUCCGUCGCUCAUGAGCGCCCAGGACAUCCCGAAGUACGCGUGCCCCGACCUGGUCACGCGGCCAGGCUACUGGGCCAAGGCGCUGCCCGAGAACCUGGCGCUGCGCGAUACGGUGCUGGCCUACUGGGUGGACCGCCACGGCCGCGUCUUCUACAGCGUCAACGACGGUGAACCCGUGCUCUUCCACUGCGGUGUGGCCGUGGGCGGCCCGCUGUGGGCGCUCAUUGACGUGUACGGCAUCACGGACGAGGUGCAGCUGCUGGAGAGCGGCUUCGCAGACACCAUGACGCCGGCCCGCCUCAGCCAGGCCCGCUUCAACGCCUGCCUGCCGCCCAGCAGCCACGACGCCGCCAACUUCGACAACAACGAGCUCGAGAACAACCAAGUGGUGGCCAAGCUGGGCCACCUGGCGCUCGGCCGCGCCCCGGGCCCGCCGCCCGCAGACGCCGCCGCCGCCGCCGCCGCCGCCAUCCCGUGCGGGCCCCGCGAGCGCGCCCGGCCCGCGUCCUCGCCGGCGCUGCUCGAGGCCGACCUGCGCUUCCACGCCACGCGCGGGCCCGACGUGAGCCUGUCGGCCGACCGCAAAGUCGCCUGCGCGCCGCGCCCCGACGGCGGCCGCACCCUCGUCUUCAGCGAGCGCCCGCUGCGGCCCGGCGAGAGCCUCUUCGUGGAGGUGGGGCGCCCGGGGCUGGCGGCGCCCGGCGCGCUGGCCUUCGGCAUCACGUCCUGCGACCCGGGCGCGCUGCGGCCCGCCGAGCUGCCCGCCGACCCCGACGCGCUGCUCGACCGCAAGGAGUACUGGGUGGUGGCGCGCGCCGGGCCCGUGGCGAGCGGCGGCGACGCGCUCAGCUUCACGCUGCGGCCCGGCGGCGACGUGCUCCUGGGCGUCAACGGGCGCCCGCGCGGCCGGCUGCUGUGCGUCGACACCACGCAGGCGCUCUGGGCCUUCUUCGCCGUGCGCGGCGGCGCCGCGGGCCAGCUGCGCCUCCUCGGUACCCUACAAUCCAGUCCUGCAACCACAACUCCAUCCGGGUCCUUUAGCGGCUCCCAAGACGAUAGCGACUCAGACAUGACCUUCAGUGUCAACCAGUCCUCCUCGGCGUCUGAGUCAUCCCUGGUGACAGCCCCCAGCUCCCCGCUGAGCCCCCCAGUGUCCCCUGCUUUCUUGCCCCCGGAGCCGGCAGGCAGCAAGAACGGUGAGUGCACGGUGUGCUUCGACAGCGAGGUGGACACGGUCAUCUACACGUGCGGACACAUGUGCCUGUGCCACAGCUGUGGCCUGCGGCUCAAGAGGCAGGCCCGGGCCUGCUGCCCCAUCUGUCGGCGGCCCAUCAAGGAUGUCAUCAAGAUCUACAGGCCAUAACCUGGCCGCCACCGCUGGGCCUUGGCCAGAGCAAGGUCCUCUUGUGAAGCCCCACCGGGCUGGGCAAGCACCCUGGCUGCCUGAGAGUCCAAAGGCAGCGGCCGUGUCAUCUGCCACUCUCCAGUGGCGUCCAGUCGUGGAGAUGAGGCCCUGGGGGCUCUGAACCCCGGCUCUAAAGUGCUUUGCCCCCAAGAGCAAGCUCAGGAACUGCCUGGCAGAGUGCCCUGUCCCUCGGUGACCUUGCAGCCGGGAAACAGCAUCCUCCAUGUGAAGCUUAUUUCUGGGGCUGGGACUGAGUGUGUGAGAGGGAGGCGGGGCACAGAGCGAGAUAAGAGCACACAGGUGUUUUAUGCAGGGAGCUUGGCUGUGGGAGAUGGACAGGUAGGAAUGUGCAAUGCAGAACCCAGAUGUUAGCAUAAUUAGAAAACAUUCACUUUCCCUGGACGUGACCUAACCUGGUUUUGAACGAGCAAAGCUUGAACCUAAACAGAACUCCUUGGAUGCUAUAGGAAAAAAAAGAGACACUCAGCGUUUCUAAGGGGAGGCAAAAAACAAACAAACAAACAAAAAAAAACCUCAUUGUUUACAGCUCCAAGGCAGCAGCUCCUUGGGGGAGGUGAGUGGAGAACAUCGGGGGGCAAUCCGCCAUCGUGGGUUCUUGCAUCGUCUUGCACUGGGGUUGUGGUGGCUGCUGCGUGGCUGAGCUCUGGUCUUCUCGCCCCUAGCGCCCGAGACAGUGUACUAAGCACACUGCACCUUGACUUGUCUAGAUGCUUUCGGAUCUUGUCACUCCCCUCCCCGUGUCCAGGAAGAAGACAGGAGGCAGGGUUUUUUCCUGGGGGUGGGCGAUGCUCCCAGAGGCAGGUGGCUCCUGCGCAUGCGGCUCUCUCUGUUUCCCAGUGUGGCCCCAGGCGGCCUGGCCAACAGGGACUUGUGGGUAUUUCCAGAAGGCGGAGGAAGCAGGGCUUGGUCACUGGUCUUUGUUCUGGUUCUCUGUUUAGGAAGCUUCCCUUGCCAGUCACCAGGGUGUUCCCUGAAAAGCGCGUUAACUAGCAAUUGAGACUUUUACUGACAAUGUGGACGCUGGGAUUUCUCCCCCUUGCCCGGUGUAUUUGCUGAUGUUUGCUAGGAAGCUGACCCUGCUCCUGCCCGCUCACCACUGCCUGUGGUCUCUGCAGGCUCCAGCACACGCCUGGGCUGGCUGACUGCUCCAGGCCUGCCCCUCCCUCCCAGCCCCCAGUUCUGGGCCCCCCCAUCUGCCCUUGCUGCACCUUCAGGGAAGCGCUUUGACCGCUCUGAUUCUCCGUUAGCAGUCAGAAGUCUAGUACCUGACCCGUGCAAGGGCCCUCAGGACCAGCACGACAUUCUCAAAGGCUGGGGACGCCUGGAGAGGGGCGUGGGCAUUUUUCUCCCCUUUCCUAACCUGUGCGUCUCUUGCUGAGGAAGGUGAGGAGAAGAGGGUCUUCAGGGAGUUAGCAGUGAUGCACCAAGCAUUGGCUGUUUGGGAAGGGGGUGGGUGCCCAGGGCCAGGCCAGGCUCUCUCAAGAUGCCUCCCAUGAGGGUGGUCUGAGCCGGAGCUGUGCUUCUCUGCCUGGGCGUAGGCGUGGUUUUCUGACCAGAUCUCCCCUUCAGAGGAAACCCUGCUCUCUUGACUGGCUGGAACCUGCAAUGGGUCCUUCUUCCCUGGUGAAUUUGGGGAGCCUGCCCACAUUUUGAUUUCACAGCACGGUCUUUGGAGGAGCUGCUCCUGGAACUCCAGUGUUUGCCAGAGUAAGAGCUGGGGAUUCUGGGCAGCCCCGGGGGCACAGCUGGAGCUCUGGGCCUCCCCCUGUGCUGGCUGCACGAGGAAGCAAAGUCCCUGGCUGGGAGGGUCCUCGGACACUGCCCCUCCCCCCCAGCCCCAUGGAGACCGUCGCCGGCUCUGGUGGGCUGCGUCCAGGGACAGCCAGUUUGCCCCCUCCCCCACUCCCCCCCCCCCAGCUGCCACCUUGAGUCUCAGCUAAGGUCAUGAACAGCCGCCACCAGGAAACCAGUGGCUGAGGGUAAACCAGGAGUGCUGCUGGCCACCGUCACCUGUUGAACCUGCUCUGCAGCUGCUAUUAAUAACUUUCCUGCUUCUAAGAGGAGUUAGGGGGUGUCUGUCCUGAAAACCCAGCGCUCUGAGCAGAGUCGUUCAGAGCUAAGGAAGAGAUGCUCGUACCCCACCUCUACUGAGAAGGGGCAGGGUGGGGGGAGGGAACCACCUGUUAACUCCACACCUACUACGUGCCUUGGCACUGGGCUAGAGCAGGCCUGCCUGCAUUAGUCCUGUGAGGCAGGUCUUAGAGCCGUUCUGAGUCCAUGCAAGACAUUGCUGAUUGUAAAAUGCCACCAACGUACGUGCCACUAAGGACAAGAUGCAGCCGGCCCUGCCUGUAAGAUACCACUGGACAGCGCAUUCCCAUCAGAGGUGCUGGUGUAGGAGAACAUGCUACUUAGAGUCGGGAAGCAGGAUGGUAGCCCCAUUUGGCAGGGAGGGGCACUGAGGUUCUGCGUGUGAAGUGACUUCAUGGUCACGCACCUGGGGGUGGCAGGCCUGGGAGUCUGGUGCCGCAUCCCAUGCCGUCCACAGCCUGGUCCCGGGCCCCAGAGAGCCCCAGACCGAGCCCUCCUCCCUGAAGCUCAUGCGGAGGAGCCUGGGCACACUCCUGCACACACCCCGCUAGGACAGACGUCCGUGCCUUCAGGUCCGUCUGCGCGUACUCACCUUCUCCAAGGGGAGCUGAGCGGUCUGGGGUCUCAGCUGCAGCCCGGGGACCUGCUAUUACACUGGGGCACCGUGUGGAACAGCUGUGCCCAUGGGGUGCCCUUGGAGCAUCAGCAGCAAUGCCAGGAUGGGGGACGCCAGCAACUGCACUGCUCCCUGUGAGCAGGGCUGUUUGCAAGGGGAAACGAGCUCCUGUUUCUAGUGUGUUCCGAGUGAGUCUUUGGGGUUUAGCAGGGGUGGCAGGUCCCACACUGCAGCACAUUUGUCAGCCACUCAGCACCCACUGAACACUGAUCAGCAUGGCCGUGUUCUGGGCGGAUGACAGAGCCGUGCCGGAGCGCAGCGUGCAGAGGACAUGGACAGAUUUCGUCAGCAUGGCUCUGGCCCUGUGGUGUGAGGUCCUGGGCCAGCGUGUGCUCGGUACUUAGGAGAGGUCUACCCAUCAAGCAGAAGCCAUGUGAUGAGCGGUCAGGAGGGUUGGUAAAACAGCGCUUCUUCCACAACACACACAAAGUCACUCAACAAACAUGCUGAGCACCUGCCAAGUGUGGGGUGCUGGGAGGAAGGGCAGGAGGACGCUGCCCCAGCUCUGAUGCCAUAGAUGGCAACCUUAGGAGGUUCAUGAGAUAUUUGGGGCACAGUCCUUGGGGCGUUCUCGGCCCUCCUGUUGCCUUAGGUCCAUGUCGGGGCAUGCCCGGGGACUACUUGCCCAGUCCACAGCCUCCUGCAUGCUUUGUUUGAGGUGCCGGGCCCCUUGCGGUCAGUGAGCUGCUGCCCAAGCCGCCUUCAGCAGAGCCCCCUAGGGCGGCCGUGGGCCUGCCAUAGUGACCCUGUGGGGAGGGGGCCGCCUGCUGCUUUCAGGCCCCAGGAGAACCCCGAGUGUGUGAUGCCGGUUCAGAACGGGGUUGUGCAAAGUCUUGGGAAUGAGAGGCCAUAACCUCCCACUCUCGGUCCCACCCCUGCCCCAGCCUCAGCGGGGUAGGGGCAAGGGGGACCCACCGGCUCAGGAACACGCGGCCUGCCAGCGUUUCCCACUGUUUCGCUGUCUGGCUGACUUAGCCGAGUCGUCAGUGGAAUGACAUGUACAACAAUCGGUGCCUUAUGAAAGUGUCUGUGCACUUUUUAUCCUUUGUAAAACAACUUUUAAAAAGUGGGCGGGGGACCAGCAGAUGGAGUGGAUUCUGGAAAUCUGUGAUGAGCACCUGAACUCUUCCACAUUCUGAUCCUGAUGUUGCCAUGAAAAGGUGCCCGGCCCCCAGCCCACGCCCCACUACCUGUGUACAGGCCUUUGAAAAGCUGUCCUUUUUUCUCCUCCUUUUUCUGAUUCAAUGCUGUGACCACUCCCAUACAGUCUAAUCUUCGGGGAUCUGUAAUAAAGGGUUUCAGACUUAGAGGAGCGGGUUGGGAGGGGUUUGCACUGGCCUUUGUGUGUUGUGGUUUUGUGUGUUGUGUGUUCUGAUUUUUGUCUGUUUUUAUCUGUUUUAUAUUAACAUAAUUUUCCUGUUUAAAGAACAAAUACAACUUUGGCUUGU